GCCCCGUAUGUUUCAGGAUAAUCUAUUGGUGCACUGUGCAUAAUCUGCAGGGUCUGCAUUGGAAUGUAGCCACGCAAUGAAUUGGCACCGUUACAGCUGUACAACUAUAUUUACCUACUACGUACAGAGUACAACUACGUCCUGUAUAAGUGUAGUACUCUGCUCUCGGUACUCAUAUGCUUGUGUGUAUCGUAUUGUAUCGGAAGCAAACGAACCAAUCCAGGGUCUUCAUGUCUAAAUAGGGAUACAAUUCCCCACAGCGGCACACAUAAAA